CACAGGAGGUCCCGCCCACUUCCAGCUUUCCUCGUUUCCAGCCUCUGUCAGCGGAUCGUACAUGAAGUGAAGUGCAUUUAAACCAACGCGGAUAAAAGCGAAGGAUGGCCGCUAGGAUUAUGAUAGCGGCGAAAUGCCCGACUGAUGAGCUGUCGCUGACUAACUGUGCUGUCAUCAAUGAAAAGGAACAGCAGUUAGAUAAUUUAGAACAUGUGACUGUUCGCAAUGGAGCCCACACUUUUGUGUUCACCUUGAGGACACAUCCCAGUAUGGCUGCUGGGUCUAUCGGCUUCAGUUUGCCACAGAGAAAAUGGGCCGGACUCGCAAUUGGAUAUGAGGUAGAAGUGUCAGUCUACCGGUUCGAUAAGACCAGACAGUGUAUUAGCUCAGUGACAAUGGAAAUCGACUUCCUACAAAAGAAGAGUGUCGACAGUAAUCCCUACGACACUGACAAAAUGAACGCGGAGUUUGUACAGCAUUUCAACAGCCAGGCCUUCAGCGUCGGCCAGCAGUUGGUAUUUAAUUAUUGUGACAAGCUGUUUAGCCUGGUGGUUAAAGAUAUAGAAGCGAUGGACCCCAGCAUCCUCAAAGGCAAAAAAGCUUCAGGCAACAAGCCAAAGAUCGACAUUGGUUUGUUGAUUGGAAACAGCCAGGUGAUAUUUGAGAAGUCAGAAACCUCUGCAGUAACACUAACUGGUAGAUCAAAAACACGUGAGUCCCGUCAGUCUAUUAUCAGCCCAGACUGGAACUUCGAGGAGAUGGGAAUUGGAGGAUUGGACAAAGAAUUUUCCGAUAUUUUUCGACGAGCGUUUGCCUCCCGCGUGUUUCCCCCGGAGAUCGUAGAACAAAUGGGUGGCAAGCAUGUGAAGGGUAUCCUGCUGUACGGACCCCCUGGCUGUGGUAAAACUCUGAUGGCGCGACAGAUCGGCAAAAUGCUGAAAGCUCGAGAGCCCAAAAUCGUCAACGGCCCCGAAAUCCUCAACAAGUACGUGGGCGAGUCAGAGGCCAACAUCCGCAAACUGUUCGCAGAUGCAGAAGACGAGCAGAAAAGACUUGGUGCUAACAGUGGCCUCCACAUCAUAAUAUUUGACGAGAUAGAUGCCAUCUGUAAACAGCGUGGCAGCAUGGCAGGCAGCACGGGGGUCCAUGACACUGUGGUCAACCAGCUGCUGUCCAAGAUCGACGGAGUGGAACAGCUCAACAACAUCCUUGUCAUAGGUAUGACCAACAGGCCGGACCUGAUAGACGAGGCCCUGCUCCGACCUGGGAGGCUGGAGGUGAAGAUGGAGAUUGGAUUACCUGAUGAGAACGGCCGUGUUCAGAUUCUUAACAUCCACACUGCAAAGAUGCGGCAGCACAAACUUUUGGGAGCUGAUGUGGACGUCAAGGAGCUGGCCAUAGAAACCAAAAACUUCAGUGGUGCAGAGUUAGAGGGUCUGGUGAGAGCUGCCCAGUCCACAGCCAUGAAUAGGCACAUCAAGGCCAGCAGCACAGUGGAGGUGAACACAGACACUGCAGAGAAACUGCAGGUCUGCAGAAUGGACUUCAUGGGCUCACUAAACAAUGACAUCAAACCUGCAUUUGGUACCAACCAAGAGGACUAUGCGAGCUACAUCAUGAAUGGGAUCGUUGUGUGGGGAGACCUGGUGUCUGAGGUCUUAAAGAAGGGCAAGCUCCUGGUGCAGCAGACACAGAACAGUGAGCGCACUCCUCUGGUCUCUGUGCUACUGGAAGGCCCACCUAACAGUGGUAAGACCGCCCUGGCAGCUAAAAUAUCAGAAGAGUCAGAUUUCCCAUUUAUAAAGAUCUGUUCCCCGGACAAGAUGAUCGGACACUCUGAAAUAGCAAAAUGCCAAGCCAUUAAAAAGAUCUUUGACGAUGCCUACAAAUCCCAGCUGAGCUGUGUAGUUGUGGACGAUAUUGAACGUUUGCUGGACUACGUUCCCAUUGGUCCCCGUUUUUCAAACUUGGUGCUUCAAGCGUUACUGGUCCUCCUGAAGAAACCCCCACCAAAGGGUCGUAAACUGCUGAUAAUCGGGACCACGAGUUGUAAAGACGUACUUCAGGAAAUGGGAAUGUUGGAUGCGUUCAGUACGACCAUUAACAUUCCCAACAUCUCCAGAGUGGAGGAGCUCGUCAAGGCUCUGGAGGAGCUCGGCAGUUUCAGUGUUCAGGAGUGUGCCAGCAUAGCAAAAGCAGAGAAGGGUCAACAUAUGUCGAUUGGAAUCAAAAAGUUGCUCAUGCUCACUGGAAUGGCUGUACAGAUGGAGCCUAAGUACAGAGUUGAUAAGUUUUUAAGUCUACUAGAAGAAGAACGAAGAACUGGCUCAAGAUUGUAUUAGACGAAGGAGAGCCACGCCAUGAAAAAUACAAAUUAUUUUAAUGUAUCUGAGGGUCCAACGGGCUGAGAGACGAGGGAUGAACAAGAUGGCGACGGUCCACAUCUCACUGCAAUGUCCAGUCUUAUUUCUAGGCAACCUCCAAUCUAUAAAAAUCUUAGAAUAAUGUAAAUUUGAAGAAAAAAAAGUUUUGUUUUGAAAUGAUUUAAUUAAUUAUGGGUAAAUAUUGUUUUCUUUUUAUAUAUAUCUAAAAAUAAAUGACUUAUUUUAGUGAUGUUUUA